AUGACUAAUCAAAUUGGAGUCAAUGUGUCUAAUGGAUACCUGACCGCGUGUUUAGCAGUGUUGAAGAUACUAUUUGAAUUGCAAUCGCAGAUUGGACGACCAUUAAUGGUACAGAUAUUGCUACAGAAGGUCCUCCACUUGAGACACACCAGACUCAUGAUUCUACUGUUGAACCGAUACUCACUGUUCACCAAAAGUAUUACUAAGUGGGCUCUGGAGACCAUACAUACAAAUCACCAGUCCAUCAAAGGCAAUGAAGCUUUUGUUGAGGAAAAGGGUCUAAAACUGUUUCGAUGGACUAAAGAAAGAGAUUUUCGAUUUCCUAUACGCCCUCCAAAGCUGAGGAAAAGCAAUACAACCGAAAAUGCUGUACAAAAGGCUCGCAUUGGAUAUGCAUCUGCUCUACAAACCAGACAAAUACAGACCACUUCUAACUCCACUUCGACACCAAUACGCAAACUAAGAAAAGUAAAACGCAAACGACUGUCCACUAAUAACCAGACAAAUAUCGAUACAUUAGAGUUGCAAUCGUCAGACCAAUCGCCUUCAUUCGCAUUCUUCGCCCCCAAACGGAUCGCAUCGAAGAGUCGAAUUACGGGCCAAAUACUCGUCGGAACGGUUAGUAAGCCGUUGAACACAACGACACGGAAACGGAUUCCCAAACUAUUGCUGCCGAAGAGUCUGCGACCGGCGAUGUAUAGUCUCGACGGUUUCGUUCCCCGCCCUUCACUCAACCGUAUCAUCACUUCCACCGAAGCGCCCAAUGCUAACAGACACAUGAAAUUCGCACAAAACAGAGACAACAAACUAAAACACGUCAAUAAAAUCAGACGAUUUGGUAUCAAUCGAAACGCCAUCGAAGAGCGAAAUCCCGAUAAGAGGGAUGACAUCGAUGUGAGUGACAGCAGAAGACGUAAUGUUGUGACCAAACGAAAGAGCGUUCAGUCGCUCACAGCAUCCGAUUCUAUACCAAAGCCAACCGUUAAUAAGUUGUCAAAAGACAGGCGUAUAGGCAUUCCGGGUAAGGAUUAUCCGACACUGACAUCAGUGCCAAGAACUGGCUUUGACUGCAAAGACUUGAAUAAUGGUGUUUACGCCGAUGUGGAGACCGGGUGUCAGGUUUGGCACAUCUGUCAGAAUAAAUACAAGCAUUCAUUCCUGUGUCCAAACGGAACCAUAUUUAACGAGAAGAAUGAUUAUAGAAAGUUCGCACAACUUUUCAUCGUUUAUAUGUUACCGAUCGUAUGA